AUGUUUCCCGUUAAAUAUGAUCUUAGAAUAGUAAAGAAUUUUGACACCGAUCCUUCGACAGAACAAUGGCGCAGGAUAAGUGCCAGAAUCAAACGACCGAAUCCACUGUUCGAAGCGUGGCUAGAAGAAAUGAUUGCCAAGGCGGAACAAAAGAACUCGAUGGGAAAGAUUGCCCUACAGAAAGCGCUCGUGUCGUUGCGCCGUUACCCGCUACCACUGGCCUCGGGCCGAGACUGCAUAGUGUUGGUCGACUUCGGUAAGACGAUUUGCGAGAAUCUGGAUCGCCGUUUGAAAAGCUAUCUGGCGUGUGGCGGGCGGCUAGAGACCGAUCAUCAUGCUGCGAUCGAGGCAAUACUUAACGAUGAGAAGGACGGACACUACACGAACCUUACGAGCGGUACCCGUUGCCAGAGCCCGCAUGUUACCGAACCCGAGUGCAGCGCAGAAGCGAUGCCCAAUGAUUCCAUUUUCGAUCAUGUGCCAACGAUGCUGGACGAUGAGUUUGUCUGCGUACCGAACCCAAACGCGAUCCUCUUGGUCGAUACGUGCGAAUCGAUCGGAAAAUCGAAAAGUGGGCUCGAUAAGACACUGCAAGAGCUUAAAUUGCAAGCCAUCGAGCACGACGUUAGGCGACUCAGUGUGGGAGAUUUUGCGUGGAUCGUGAGAGACGGCCGUGGUAGAGAGUUUCUGUUGCCGUACGUGAUCGAACGGAAACGAUUAGAUGAUCUGGCCAGUAGCAUCAAGGAUGGGCGGUUCCACGAGCAAAAGUUUCGCCUCAAGCAGUGCGGUCUGCCGAAUGUGAUAUACUUGAUAGAGCAUCUCGGUAAAAAUCGGCAGGUUGGGGUGCCGGAAGGCACACUCUCGCAAGCCGCCCUAAAUACGUACGUCCAGAGCUUCACCGUCAAGUACACGGAAAACAUUCACCACACCGUGCUGUACCUUUCGGUGAUGACCUCCUUUCUUACCAGCUCGUUGAAGAAUAAACUGUUCCUUAACAUAACGAAUCGAAUCACCAGUGGAUCGAACGGGGACACUUCGUACCCAAUUUCCGGCUCAACGGUAGCACUACUUUCUUUCGAGCAUUUCUACAAACAAUCAUCGAAAACGCGUAACUGUACGGUACGGGAUGUGUUCAUACGGCAAUUGCUACAGAUCAAGCUACUCACGAUCGAGAAAGUGAACGCCAUCGUCGAGCGGUAUCCUACUCCGCAAAGCUUACGCCGUGCGUACGAUUGUUGUCCGAGCGAAUCGGAACGGCAACGGAUGCUGAACUUACCGUACGGACCCACCAAACGCACCAUCGGGGACAAGCUGAGCGCAAUCAUCUACCACCUGUUUACGAGCGAUCGCUACAUGGCGUGA